UGUAAGCUGCAGACGAGAGCUGGAAGCAAACAACAUGUUGACAGCAGCGUUCAUCCUCAGUCUGUACUGCCAUGUUGCAGGCGGCUUACACAGGGAGUGGCUUCCUGACACCAAUUUCAACAACGCCUCAAACUGGGACAAAGGGAAAUUGCCUUGUAAAAAUAAUCGAAUCUUGUUUUCUAAAGAUCAGGAGUUGGCAGUGUUUGUGCAAACACCUAUUGAUGUGAAGGAAAUGUACGUGCCGCUUGAUGGUGAAUUCAUUCUCGGGCACGGCGCUGAGCUUGCUGCAAGUGACGGUCACAGAGCACCAGGAUGUGAGACAGGUGAGGAGGUGACAUUUAAAGACCCUGAUCACUACAGCUGGUACGAUCCCAAAAACUGGCAGACAUCAUUCUCCGCUAUUGGGCUGGGACAAGACCAACACGCCUUCCCUCUGGAUGAAGAGACAGUCCCUUGCCAACACGACGAUGUUGUUUUUCAACCUGCGACAUCUUUCCGUGUGGACUUGAACAGUGACGCACAAAAUAUUCAUCUUCAAACUAUCUCCUUAAUGAAUAAGAGGUAUUCCAGCAGUGAAGACUUCCUUGAGUAUCGAGAGUCCCACACAGGAAGACUGCAGUUCCACGGAAACGGCUCCGUCACUGUGACCAACACCAAGUGUGAAGACAGAUCAGGCUGUCAAUGCGGUAACUCUCGUAACCUCAGGAGGAUCUGUGUGAAUUUACUACAGGGUGGCCACUGUCCGGAGCUGGAUUGUGUAAACCCCUUAAAGCCUCAAGGACACUGCUGUGAGAUUUGUGGUGCCAUUAUUUAUUUAAAAUAUGAUGGUAAAUUCAACCUGGAAUUAUACAAGGGACACCUCAUCAACUCAUUUCUUGGCUUGGAUGACUACAAGGAUGUGCGGAUAUCCCUGACUAAAGUGGACACACAACAUGUUUCCAAGGCUGCUCUCCCCAACAACGCACUUGCCUCCAUCCAGACCGUGUUAGUUGAUGGGGCCUCAAGCACAGCAACAGGGACAUCUGCUGCUCGCCUGGCAGAAGACAUACUGGCAGACAUCACCCGGCAAGGUGAUGUGUUUGGCAUUGUGAGUGCUGAGGUGCAGAUGACCACCAGUGACGACGAGCCUGGGAACAUGAGUGCGGGGACAAUGGCCGGGAUUGGGAUUGGUGUUCUCCUUGCUGCCUUGUCCACUGCAGGCCUGGCCGCCACCUUCACCUCGCCAAGAAUCAGGGUCAAAAUUCCAUCGGCUUUUGUCAAUGUCAAGAAUGACUUGAACCGUUACGCUGCAUUUAAUGUGGACGGAGGAUUCAGCAACCCAGUGUUUGAUCCACAAGUAAACCUGUCACCUGAUUUAUGCAGCACUGGAGAAGAUGCAAUUAACAUCGUUCCAAGCCAACUAGGGAGCUAUAUCACUAAUCCGAUGUUUAAUCCGCAUGGCUUUGGAGAGCAAGAAUGUUAAAAUCUUACGCAUUGCUUGUAUUCAUUGUUAAUGUUGUAAAAAAGCGAUUUAACCGCGGAGUCAUUUGUGGACCAUGCAUGUGGUGUUUGUUCUUGUGCUAAGACAGUAGUUGCUGUGAUUUUCAUUUUCUGAUGUCUCAAUUAAAGCUGUGUCAGGUUUAGUUUAGUUUAGAACCACAGCAUGGAAACAGGCCCUUCCGCCCACGCCGACAAACAGUCACCAGCUCACUAGUUCUAUCCUACACACUUGGGCCAAUUUACACAAGUCAAUUAACCUACAAAUCUGGCAGGCACAAGAUGCUGGAGUAACUCAGCGGGUCAGGCAGCAUCUGUGAACAAGGAAUGGGAACGUUCACCCACUCCUUGUCUCCAGAGAUGCUGCGUGUCCUGCUGAGUUACUCCAGCAUCUUUUGUCUGCCUUCGAUUUAAACCGGCAUCUGCAAUUCUUUCUUACGCAACCUACGAAUCUGCACGUCUUUGGAAUGUGGGAGGAAACCGGAGCACCCGGAUUAAAUCCGUACGGUCACAAGCAAACUCCGUACAGGCAGCAACUCUGCUGCUGCUGCUACUGCUGCUGCUGCUGUGCCGUGGUGUUAAACUCCGUACAGGCAGCAACUCUGCUGCUGCUGCUGCUGCUGUGCCGUGGUGGUAUACAUGUUGGAAAACGUUGAGUAAAUAAAGGUGUAUUUUCUCCAGUCAGGUUUUUUUAAUUAUAAAAUAUUUUCUCCCCAUUCAUCUUGCAAAUGUUAGUCCAGUUUACAGCAGACCUAUUCAGCACAGUCAUUCGACAGUGUAGAAGCAAGGAAUAGCAGAUGCUGGUUAAAGCAUAAAAGGACACAGAGUGCUGGAGUAACUCAGCGAGUCAGGCAGCAUCUCUGGAGAACAUGGAUAGGUGACCUUUGGGUUGGGACCUUUCUUCAGACAGUGCAUGUCCCGUGUGUCUUUGACCCAAGGCAUGGCAACACAUUUUGUACAAUGUGGCCACUGUCAACCCAUGGAGAUGAGGAUGAGGAAUGGUGUGGGAUUAUUCAAGGAGACUGUCGUGGUGCAGUGGCAUUUCUUUCUGAUGUUCCUGAUAAUGUUUCCGAUAAUGAUGAGAGGGGAUCGUAUUGAAACAUAUACGAUUAUUAAAGGGCCUGUCCCACUUGCCGAUUUUUUUUUGGCCAUUGCCAGCGUCAUAUCAGUGUCGCCUAACGGUUUUGAACAUUUCAAAAUCCAGCGGUGACAAAAGAAAUGUUACGACACUUGAAAAAACAUUGCUCGUCAAACGUCAUCACGCUGCACCAUCGCCGUGUCAUGCCGCGGAUAUUUUGGUGUCCUGACACGUCAGUCAAUAAUGCCGGCAGUCAUUGAAAAAAUUACCAAGUGGGACAGGCCCUUGUUCCCGAUGUUGGGGGAGUCCAGAACCAGGGGCCACAGUUUAAGAAUAAGGAGUAAACCAUUUAGAACGGAGACGAGGAAACACUUUUUCACACAGAGGGUUGUGAAUCUGUGGAAUUCUCUGCCUCAGAGGGCGGUGGAUGCGGGUUCUCUGGAUACUUUCAACAGAGAGUUAGAUAAAGAUAGCGGAGUCAGGGGAUAUGGGGGGAAGGCAGGAACGGGGUACUGAUUGGGGAUGAUCGGCCAUGAUCAUAUUGAAUGGCGGUGCUGGCUCGAAGGGCCGAAUGGCCUACUAUUGUCUGCUGUCUCACUUAAAUUGCUAAAACUCUGCUGAUUUCGGGAGCUCGAUAUUUCAAGGAUGGCUGUCAUCAUUCUGAUGGCUGGAUCAUAACUCUGAAACUUGGUGAUUGUACAUAUAUAUAUUUUACUGCUCAUUAUUCUAUGUUUGCUCUUCUGGGUGAGAUGCUAACUGCAUUUCAUUGUCUCUGUACUGUACACUGCCCAAUGAUAAUAAAGAUUGAAUCUGAAUCUGAAGCUGAAUCCGUAUUGUAACCCUGACCUCAGUUCCAAAGUGGUCCACUGGUAUAAUUUGCCUCUGUGUAUUGUCUUCAGUAGAGUCAAAUAUUCAAAGGUACUCCCAGGAGAGUUAAUAGACACAAUGUAGAUGUAAAAGGACACAAAGUAUGGGAGUAACUCAGCGGGUCAGGCAGUAUCUCUGGAGAAAAGGAAUAGGUGACGUUUCAGGCUGGCACCCCACAAUCAGUCCAAAGAAGGGAAGGUCACCAAUUCAUUGAAACAAAGGCUUUUCACUGUACCUCGGGGACAUCAACCGCCUCAACUUCUCCACUCCCCUGUCUCACUCUAAUCUCUCCCCCCCUGAACGUACUGCCAUCCACUCACUCCGCAAAAACCCAGAUUGGGUUAUCAAACCAGCCGACAAGGGAGGUGCCGUGGUAGUCUGGCACGUUGAUCUCUACAAAGCUGAGGCCACGCGCCAACUCUCGGACACCUCCUCCUACUUACCCUUGGACCAUGACCCCACUGACGAGCACCAGGCCACCAUAUCUAGCACCAUCACCGACUUCAUCAAUUCCCACGCCCUGCCCGACCAAGCUUCCAACCUCAUCGUUCCCCAGCCCCGCACGGCCCGUUUUUACCUUCUCCCCAAAAUCCACAA